GCGUCCGUGCACCCCGAUUUUGAGGUCCUGUCCGCCUUCAUUGAUGGUCUUUUGGCCGCCGCAUCGCGUGUCACAAACUGGCGCCUGACCUUGGGUCUGAAAAAAUCCUCGAAGGACUCAAUUGGUUUGUUGCUGCCGCCGAAAUCGCAAGAGGCACAGCCAGAAGAUCGGAUCAAUCCGCGCGCCCGGGGGUUGGCUGCGCGUGAGAUCACCUAUGCUCUGACCGGUUUCCAUUGCAUCGAUCCCCGAGCCUCCUUUAUGACUGUCCCUUGCAGUAGUGACGUCCAUUUGCACUUCGACCCCGAGCGAAAUCAUUGUGUCCUUGGAGCUUACUUCUGUUUCGCUUUGCUCUAUGGCUCUUCUCUAUCGCAAGAUAAGCUAUUGAUCACCGUGACCGCAUAG